UUUUUUCUAAAUAAUGCAAAAAAGUUUUUUAAUUAGCAAAAAGGGGCACGAAAAAAUUUAUUUAGCAAGAUGGGGUACUUUUAGUGGGAUUCGCGAGUUUUGUUGCGUUUCCAUCUAUUAUUCUGAAAAAGGUCUGACUGCGUUGGGAGGUGCAGGGUGAUUGGGGAAAUCAUUGCUUUAUGAUGGUGGGAUUCGCAAGUUUUCUUGCGUUUUCCAUGUCAGGGUGGCAGGUUGCACGUUAUUGGAUUCGCAAGUUUUCUUGCGUUUUCCAUGUAGUUGGAAUGAUGGUCAAUGAUGGUGGCAGGGUGGCAGGGUGGCAGGUUGCACGUUAUUGGUGUCGCGACUUUACCUGCGAAUUCAAGUGCUUUUCAGGUGCUUUUCAGGUGGCAGUACUGACAUGGAGGGAAAGGAAUGGCUAAGAUUGAAUGCUCAAUUUUUUUUGCGAAUCCAGGAUAUACAAAAUGACAAAAUAAGCGAGAUUGACUGGAUUCUCAAUUAUUUUUGCGAAUUCAAAACACUAUAAGUUAACUCCUGAGCCUCAUAACUUUCUUCUACGAAAAAUACACUUCAAUAUUUUCAAAACUUCAAUCUCCUGCAUUUCAGAACGUUUCUGUAACGAAAAAAACCUUUGCAAUGGAUCAAGUUAUUACUUUUGUGUAUUACGAUGGCAGGGUUGUCCAUGGCGACCAAGGUGCCAUAUUCGAAGGUCGGAGAAGGUCCAUGCAUCUGAAGCGAAACAUUACCUUCGACCGUUUGAAGAAGAAAAUCCACGAAAGGUUGAAGCUGCAAAGGAACCAGAUGAUUUCUAGAGUCAGCUCUAGAUUUAUGACGACACCGAAUCCCAUUUUUUUUACGCAUUUUGAGAUAGUUGAUAAUGUUGAUGUUCAAGUCAUGAUGGAUGCAUUUAGUCAGCAGUCAUAUAUGGUUCAGCUGGAGCUGUAUGUUGAAGUUACUGAAGCUGGAAGUUCAUCAAUGUCAGUGCCGACGUAUCUGUCGUCUACUCAACCGAGACCCACUGAAGACGGUGGUAGACAUGUUGUUGAUGAGGAGCUUCUUGCAGAACCAUAUACUGUGCCUUUUAGCGUUAUGAGUAUUGAAGAGACCAAUAUCGUCGUUCCUUCGGAUGUCGCAGUUAAUUUGGGCGAUGAUUAUGACUACCGCCUUGACAAUGAUAAUGUGGACGGUGAAGUCAUUCCUUCAGACGAUGACCACAAUGAAGAUGAAAGAAUGCAAGAAGGAGGUGACGAGUCUGACACAGACGAUGAGGGAGACCGACACGCUAAUCCUCAGCCUCGGAUGGCACCUCAUCCUGCUGAUCAACCUGCGGCACCAGUGAAUGUCAAUGUUGAAACUCAAGGCCACCCAAACACGGCCCCAUUCUGGAGUGCUUCUUCGCAUUAUACAUAUAUUAACUGGGAUCACCCAGAUGAAGAAACUGAUUUUUAUUCUGAAACGGAUGUGAAUGGAUCAUGGAAGCUAGGUGAUGACUUAUGUAAAGGGUUGAUUUUUGAAAACAAGCGUGCUGUACAGGAUGCCUUGUUACACUAUUGUUUUAGACUAAAUCAAACUUAUAAGAUGAGUGAAUCCAAGCCAGAGUACUUUACUGCAAAGUGUCAGAAAUCCGUAGAUGGCUGCCCGUGGAGGAUAAGGGCACAUCUAUCCAAGAAAAUUGGUAAAUGGAUCAUAUCCAAAUGGGGGGGUUCGCAUACGUGCUUAAAUGCGAUGACUUCUCAAGACCACAAGAAGAUGACGUCCACCUUCAUGUCCAACUACAUUCUUGGCAUGGUAAGUGCCCAACCAACUAUCCCUAUUUCCCUCAUACAAGAGAGGAUAAGUGGUCAACUCAAUUAUAUGGUGUCAUACUUUAAAGCUUGGAAGGCGAAGCAAAAAGCACUUGCUCGCGUGUUCGGUGAUUGGGAGGAGUCUUACGACCUGCUCCCUAGGUGGUUGGAAUAUAUGCUGAGGUUUUCCCCUGGAUCCCAUUACGAGUUUGUCACAACUGACUAUAAGGACCAGUAUGGCAAUGUUGUUCCUGAUUUCAAGAAAUUUGGUCGAGUGUUUUGGACGUACAAACAAUGUUGUGACGCAUUCAACUAUUGCAAGCCAAUGAUACAAAUUGAUGGCACAUUCCUCUACGGAAAGUAUAGUGGAACUUUGCUUAUUGCCACGACACAGGACGGGAACAGUAAUGUGUUGCCUUUAGCUUUUGCAAUUGUGGAGGGAGAAACACUCGGUGCUUGGACGUGGUUUCUUCGUCUGAUGCGUGUGCAUGUCACCAAGAAACAAGGGAUAUGUCUAAUAUCAGACAGACACGCUAGCAUUCUCUCAGCAGUGGGGAAUCCGUCUAACGGGUGGCAGCCACCAAACGCUUAUCAUGUGUAUUGCAUUCGCCACGUUGCCAGUAAUUUCAACAACAGGUUUCACAACACAGAGCAAAAAAAUGAACUGAUAAAUAUGGCUUACGAGCCUUGCCCAUAUCUUUUCGAGCAACGCUUAGCGGCGUUUCGAGGGCACAACACAGCUGUCCGGCAAUGGAUAAAUGACAUCAGUAAUGAGAAAUGGAGCCGAGCGUGUGAAAUUAACUUUAUUGGGCCACUUUAUUGGUUUUUCCGGAUCCGGGUCCCUCCAUCUGUUUAAUAUAUAAAAAAUGAAUGAACCGUAAUGUUUGAAUUUAAGGACAUGAAAUUAACAACGAAAUUUAUUAUUUAAAUUAUGUGCAUACCUUGCCGCGAGUGGGAGG